UUGAUGUUGCGUGCGUGGAUUUUAACUUCAAACAUUUUUUUUAUCUUUCUACAUCUAAGGACAAGUGCAUCUCGGUGCAGAGACUAAAAUGUUAACCAAAAUAAAACUCCAAUUUUCAGAGUCUUUACAAUCUUCAAAAUGAAAUUACGAACACUGUUUAUAGUGUUAUGCGUUCCACUUCUACUCAUGCUACAAUCGUCCGCACAGGAUUGUGGAAGGAGAAGAACUAGUCGAAUCGUUGGUGGCGUUAAUACAGGCGUAAAUGAAUUCACUAUGAUGGCUGGCAUUGUUGCAGAUAAUUCGGCUGUUUACUGUGGUGGCACCAUUUUGGCAAAUUAUUAUGUGCUAACGGCAGCCCAUUGUGUUGCAGGAAGAAAUCCAGCCUCAUUGAAAGUGCUCGUAGGGGACUGGGACUACAGUAUAGGCGCUGACACGAGCUUUGCUGCUGUCUAUUUGGUCCAAAGAUGUAAUAUCUAUCCAGGCUAUAAUCCUAACACAAAUACAAACGACAUUGCUAUCAUCACCACGCAGAGAAGCAUCGUUUAUAACGUGGCAGUUGGUCCCGUUUGCCUUCCGCCAACAAAUCUGUUGUUUACUGGCUCGACUGUUGAAGCCGUUGGAUGGGGUUCAACGGAAUUCGGUGGUCCAAAAUCUACAGUUCUUAAAAAAGUUCAAAUCGGGGUGAUCAGUAAUGAUGAUUGUAGAAGGACCUACUCAUACAUUUCAAACAGCCACCUUUGUACAUACGGCUCGAACGGUCGUGAUUCAUGUCAAUUUGACUCCGGCGGACCAGUAUAUUAUAUGUUGAACGGACGGGUAAAUCUGGUUGGUAUAAUUAUCGGAGGUAUAGGAUGUGCUGGAAACUAUCCAUCAAUUAACACCAGAGUAACGACAUUUGUUUCAUGGAUCAGACAAAAUACACCCGGAGCCGUUUAUUAUUGAUUUUCUUUGUAAUGAUUUAUGCAAUGUUCCACCUUAAUAAAUCAAUCAAACUUCAACGAGA